GAUCCGUUCGAGUUUGUGUGCCGACUCCACUCACUCCACUUGACCGGGUGAUUUAGGGCGAAUUCCCAUUUCCUAUAAAAACUAGGGCAUAACAAAAAUCGUGAGUGAAAACACUGAUUUGAUUGAAUAUUGUGAUUUGUGAAUCGAAUGUUAUUUUUGCGUACUUAAAUGGAUAAAACUCGUUGAAAUUGUUUUUGUUUCACAAUACAUAAAGUAAUUUGAUUGUUACAAAAGCAGUGUGUUCGGAUUGAAUCGUGUUUUAUAAGAAAGGUCGGUCGGUAGUAAGAGCAUGGUGCGGCAGUGAGCGCCAUGGACGGGUCGUCGGCGUGGGGCGCGGAGGACGAGGCCAUCAUCGCCACCAACACGGAGGCCACGGAGUGCAAGCGCUGCGCCGUGGAGCUGGGCUACUGGAAGGACGACUACAUCGGCUACUUCGCCAAGCGCGUGGACCGCAAGGCGCCCGAGAUCAACCGCGGCUACUACGCCAGGGUGCGCGCCAUGGAGAUGUUCAUCCAUCAGUUUCUAGAGGGUGUUGUGUUGCAGCGCUGCGGCACCAAGUGCCAGAUCAUCAACCUGGGCUGCGGGUUCGACACGCUGUACUGGCGCCUCAAGGACAGCACGCAGGCCAUCAGCAACUUCAUCGAGCUGGACUUGCCCGCCGUCACCAGCAGGAAGUGCCACAUCAUCAAGCGCAACAAGCAGCUGCUGCAGAAGAUAUGCAAGGAGGACGGCGAGGUGAUGACGCGCGCGGGCGAGCUGCACGCGGACGGCUACCACCUGCUGGGCGUGGACCUGCGCUGCGCGGGCGCCGUGCGGCGCGCGCUGGCGGCGGCGGGCGCGGCGGACGAGCUGCCCACGCUGCUGCUGGCCGAGUGCGUGCUGGUGUACCUGCGGCCCGCCGCCGCCGACGCGCUGCUGGCCGCGCUGGCCGGCAGCUUCGCGCGCUGCGUGCUGCUGGUGUACGAGCAGUGCAACCUGGCCGACCGCUUCGGCGCCGUGAUGCGCAGCGCGCUGGGCGCGCGCGGCGUGCCCGCGCCCGUGGCCGCGCACUCGCCGGCCGAGCAGGCGGCGCGCCUGCGCGCGCUGGGCUUCGACGCGGCGCGCGCCUGGGACAUGGACGCCGUGUGGCGCGCGCUGCCCGAGGAGGACCGCGCGCGCGUGGAGCGCCUGGAGAUGCUGGACGAGCGCGAGCUGUUGCUGCAGCUCAACCAGCACUACGCGCUCAGCGUGGCCACGCGCGGCGCGCUGUUCGCCGACCUCGACCUCAACGCCUGAGCCUCCGCAACGCAGACUACUACUAAGUGUUAAAUAUUUAUUUAUGAUAUAUAAAAUGCUGUAUUGAAAA